AACCAGUUGAGAAGUUAAAAGAGCUUUACCAAACGGGCUCUUUACUUUCCCGAAAUAGCGACGGGCUGAAUUUUCGGCCCUGUCAAACCCAACAACAAAAGAACGAGAAGAAACACAAAGAAUCCUCUCUCUCUCUCUCUCUCCCCGGGUGGAUCAGUUGCUAUCUCUCAAAGAGUUUUGAAGGACCUUCAGCUACAAAAAAUAAAUGAUUCACCGAGUGCAUGUGUGGCUGUGUAUUGAUGUCAUGGUCAUGAGUUUAUACACAUGGAAAGUUAUCUCUCUAUAUUCUGAAUGUCGCAGUGGAUUCUGAACUUGGUGUGGACAUCCAUGAUGGGGUCUUAGAUAGUUCAACUAAUAUCGAGCUCGAGCAUGGUAAUGAUGGCACAAUGAUUGGAAGUUCAGUUGAAUAUGUGUCUUGUCUUGAACAAAGUGAUAAAAUGACUCACAACUCUUCUAGAGAGGAGGUGACUGUAGUUGAAGGAGACGAACCAUAUGUGGGUCAGGAAUUUGAGUCUGAAGAAGCAGCACAUGCUUUUUACAGUUCAUAUAGCUCACGCGUCGGUUUUAUAACUCGGAUAAACUAUCUAUCUCGCUCGAAACUCGACGGAUCCGUUAUUGGUAGAACACUUGUUUGUAACAAAGAGGGUUACAGAAAACCUUAUAGGUGCGAUAAGAAAAAUAUGAAGCCACGGACUCCCACUAGGGUGGGUUGCAAGGCAAUGCUUUCGAUAAGGAAACUAAGCACUGGAAAAUGGGUUGUCACAAAGUUCAUGAAGGAGCACACUCAUGCAUUGACUGCAGGGAAUACUCAAAACGGAUUGACUUGUAAUCAAAUUCCGAAUGAAAACAUGAAGAUUCAAGAGUUAACUCAACAGCUGCUCCUAGAGAGAAAGCGCUCUGCUUCACUUAGAAAAAUUGUAGACCUUCUGUUCAAUCACAUAGAAGAGCACACGCAAGACCUGUCAAAAAGCGUCCAGCACGUAGCAGACAGGGUAAAGGAGAUUGAAUAUGGAGGGAAAAAAACCUCAAAACCUUAGCUAGUCUUGCCAUUGUAAUAAAAUAUUGUGUAUAUUAUCUUAGUAGCUUUUUUUUUCUUUUUUUCAAAAAGUACUGUUACAUGCAAUCUUGAAUAUCGAUAUAGUUGGUUAUCUAAAGUUUCUAGUUUCUUCC